AUGAACUUUCUCCAAAAGAUUCGACGUUACGUUGGGAUUGCCCCUAGAUGUGCAAGGGGAAGUGAGACACCUUCGCAACGCUCAGUUCGCUUCCAGUCCAGACAAAUUCCAUUACUGCUGCUCCAUGCUGCGCAGCUCGUUUUGGCGAUUAUUCUCAUGGGGCUCGGUGCCUAUAAUAUACAUUUCGUUGCAUAUCAAGUCUUGGCUGUGUGCUUGGUCAUCGAUAUUUGCACAAUUUUGAUUGCCACAUACCUGAUCAUAUGUCGAAUCAGAUGCUCCAAGCUCUGUCGCCACUAUUCGAGUCUUUUACUCCAAGUUUGCAUGCUUGUUGCUUCUGUAAUCGCUCUCGGACUCCUUGCUAGUCUGGCGCAGUACUGGAAGCAACCAGAAUGUACUUAUCGUUUCAAAUCGGGCUACCAAUGUUCUCCGUAUGGAAAACGAGAUUUACGGAUACAAUGGAAGAGAGAUACUACUUCUUAUGUCACCUACUCUGGAGCACUGAUAACAGGUUCAGUCCUAUCUGCCUCUGAGGCUACAAGUAUUGCAUUCUUCGACAAGUGGGCAGACCUCAGACCUACAUCUCAAACGAACAAAAGCCCUCCUCCACAAGUCCAACACACCGAACAAGCCAUGCCCUUAGCCACACCAGCAUCACAGCGCUGCCCCCUCGCCGAAGUAUGGGAUUCCUCGACUCAGCUCCCAACUGCGCAUCGAUCACGGCCAGAGCCAAUACUUCCCGACGAGGACGACGACUAUGCCGACAGAGAACCGGAACCACUUACUCCAGCACAAAUGCGGUUCGGCGUGACCAACCAGGAGCAUCGGCCGUUGAGCACUCCGGGCUACGGCGCCUCCUGUGCUGCCGCGAAUUAA